AUGGACCCUCCCGCGGGCAUCGCCUGCCUCCUGCUCUGCUGCGCGCUCGCCCUGCCCGCCGGCGCCCUGCGGCGCCCCGGGGACAGAGAUUCAAUCCUGAGGAAUAUAGAGGAGUACAGCCUUGUCAUCCCCACAAGCACCGAUUCAGAGGGCAGGUUCCUAUCCCACUUGGUGUCUGGACCGCCAAAAGCACGCUUCAGGAGAGCUGUGGAGGACUUGCAACAUGAAGCAGCAAGUGAGCAGAUAUUUUACAAUGUCACUGUUUUUGGAAGAGAGUUUCACUUCAGGUUGCGGCCAAACUCCAGGCUCGUGGCCCCUGGAGCAACAGUUGAGUGGCAGGAGGACUCUGAGGAGACUCAUAUUGAACCUCUCUAUGGGAAUUGCCUCUAUGUUGGGGAUAUCACUGAUCUGCCAAACGCUUCUGUUGCUAUCAGCAAUUGCGAUGGACUGGCUGGCAUGAUCCGCACGGACAAGGACGAGUUCUUCAUCGAACCUCUGGAGAGGGGGGCCCUGGAGGAGGAGGAGGGAGGAGGCAGAACACACGUGGUCUAUCGCAGAGCAGCUGCCAGGAAGCAGCUUCCUGGUGAGAACGUGGAUACUGUGUACAGAGGCUCCAACCUCACUGCCUUGGACCAUCUGGGCAGCGCUGUGGGCCUCGCUGAGGAGCAGGUGCAGGGGUGGAGGCAGCGGCGCCGGAGGCACACCACGGAGGACGACUACAACAUCGAGGUGCUCCUGGGGGUUGAUGACUCAGUAGUUCAGUUCCAUGGGAAAGAACAUGUUCAGAAGUACCUGCUGACCUUGAUGAACAUUGUUAAUGAAAUUUAUCAUGAUGAGUCCCUGGGUGCUCACAUUAACGUUGUCUUGGUGAGGAUAAUCCUGCUGAGCUACGGCAAGUCCAUGAGUCUGAUAGAGAUUGGGAACCCCUCACAAAGCCUGGAGAAUGUGUGUCGCUGGGCCUACCUCCAGCAGAAACCCGACACUGGGCACGCCGAGUACCACGACCACGCCAUCUUCCUCACCAGGCAGGAUUUUGGUCCAUCAGGCAUGCAAGGCUACGCUCCCGUCACUGGGAUGUGCCAUCCUGUCCGGAGCUGCACUCUCAACCAUGAAGAUGGUUUUUCAUCUGCAUUUGUGGUGGCUCAUGAAACUGGACAUGUUUUAGGAAUGGAGCACGACGGCCAAGGGAACCGCUGUGGGGACGAGGUCCGGCUGGGCAGCAUCAUGGCCCCCCUGGUGCAGGCUGCCUUCCACCGCUUCCACUGGUCCCGCUGCAGCCAGCAGGAGCUGAACCGCUACCUCCACUCCUACGAUUGUCUGCGGGAUGAUCCCUUCGAACACGACUGGCCCUCCCUUCCACAGCUGCCAGGGAUUCACUACUCCAUGAAUGAGCAGUGCCGCUUUGACUUCGGGCUGGGAUACAUGAUGUGCACAGCUUUCCGUACAUUUGAUCCCUGCAAGCAGCUGUGGUGUAGCCACCCUGAGAACCCCUAUUUCUGCAAAACCAAGAAAGGGCCUCCGCUGGACGGGACCAUGUGUGCACCAGGGAAGCAUUGCUUUAAAGGUCACUGCAUCUGGCUCACACCAGACAUCCUGAAGCAGGAUGGACACUGGGGGGCAUGGAGCAAGUUUGGCUCUUGCUCCCGCACGUGUGGCACCGGGGUGAAGUACAGGACCCGGCAGUGUGACAACCCACAUCCUGCCAACGGAGGCCGCACGUGUGUGGGGCCGAGCUACGAAUUCCAGCUGUGCAACACCCAGGAGUGUCCCAAGGACUUUGAGGACUUCAGAGAGGAGCAGUGCCGGCAGUGGGACCCCUACUUUGAGUACCAGAACACCAAACACCACUGGCUGCCCUAUGAACAUGUUGAUGCCAAGGAGAGGUGCCACCUCUACUGUGAAUCCAAGGAGACAGGGGAUGUGGUGUACAUGAAGAGGAUGGUGCACGACGGGACCCGCUGCUCCUACAAGGAUGCUUACAGCAUCUGUGUGAGGGGUGACUGCCUGAAAGUUGGGUGUGACAGGGUCAUAGGUUCCACAAAGCAGGAAGAUAAGUGUGGUGUCUGUGGAGGAGAUAAUUCCCACUGCAAAGUGGUGAAAAGAACAUUUUCAAGAAUACCAAAAAAGCAAGGGUACGUUAAGAUGUUUGAAAUUCCUGCUGGUGCAAGACAUUUACUUAUACAGGAAACAGAUGCCACCACUCAUCAUCUUGCUAUUAAAAAUCGUGAAACGGGGAAAUUCAUUCUAAGUGAGGACAACUAUGUGCCAGACUCCAAGGUCUUUAUUGACAUGGGUGUGGAGUGGGAAUAUCGCAAUGAUGACGACAGAGAGACCGUGCAGACCAUGGGGCCGCUGCGGCACGGCAUCGUCAUCCUGGUGAUUCCUCAUGGUGGUGCCAAGAUAUCUUUGACUUACAAGUACAUGAUCCAUGAAGAUUCCUUGAAUGUAGAUAACAAUAAUGUUUUGGAAGAGGACUCACUGUCAUAUGAAUGGGCUUUGAAGAAAUGGUCCCAAUGUUCAAAACCUUGUGGAGGAGGCUACCAGUUCACCAAGUACGGCUGCCGCAGGAAGACGGACCACAAGAUGGUUCAUCGCAGCUACUGCGAGCUCAUCCAGAAGCCCAAACCCAUCCGCAGGGUGUGCAACCUCCAGGAGUGCUCCCAGCCCAUCUGGGUUACAGGGGAAUGGGAGCCUUGCAGCAAAUCCUGUGGGAAGACGGGAUAUCAGGUGCGCUCUGUGCGCUGCAUCCAGCCCCUGCACGACAACACCAACCGCUCUGUGCACACCAAGUACUGCAACAACGACCGCCCCGAGGGCAGGAGGCCCUGCAACAGGGAGCUGUGCCCGGCACAGUGGAGAAUAGGACCCUGGUCACAGUGCUCUGUCAGCUGUGGCAAUGGCACCCAGGAUCGCCCGGUCCUGUGCCGGACCAGGGACAAUGUCAUCGGCCUGUGCAAGGACAGCAAGCCAGAGAGCGUCAGAAUCUGCAGACUACCUCCCUGUCCCAGAAACGUUUCUGAUCCUUCAAAGAAAACCUACAUGAUACAAUGGCUGUCAAGACCCGAUCCAGACUACCCCAUCCAGAAAAUAUCUUCAAAAGAUCAUUGUCAAGGAGACAAGUCAAUGUUUUGUCGCAUGGAAGUUCUCUCCCGUUACUGCUCCAUUCCUGGGUACCAUAAGCUGUGUUGCAAGUCCUGCAACAUGUACAGCAACCUAACAGAGGAUGGCAAUGUAACCAGUGCCAAUGUAAAUAAGAAUAAUGUCAUUGAGGAGGAGCUCCUGACAACCCUCAGCCCUCUCGUGGGAGUGCCCACCACACAGGCUGCCACCAGCCCUCCUCUGCUUUCCAAAACACGUGCACCCCCUUCCAAUGCCACUGAGGAGCACCCAGAAAUCAAUGCAGUGGAUGUUCCCUACAAAGUUGAUGGGUUGGAUAAUGAAGUACCACAGCACAACAUCAUUACAAGGAGGAGGCCUUAUGAAAGGACAAGGAAUCGAAGAAUUCAGGAGCUGAUCGCUGAGAAAAUGAAAAGAGAGACUCUUAGGAAAAUAAACUAA